CCUGACAGUCAAGUCAGUGAAUGUGGUUGAACUGCUAAGGGAGUCGCUCCCGAGCUGUGAGGGCUGCAGCUGCGCGGGACACCUACGCGGCCCCUCGACGUGGCUGGAGCCAAGCCUGGUGCAUGGAAAUAGGGAAGCCACGCCGGACAGGACCCCCGGCCUGAGACGCUGCGGAGGGCUGCUCUGGGGCGAGGCGAUCUCGACUUGGGGGGAAGAUGUUUUCAAGGAAGAAGCGGGAGCUGAUGAAGACGCCGUCCAUCUCGAAGAAGAGCAGGGCAGGAAGCCCCAUACCGCAAGCGCUGGCGGACCUGCCGCGGAAGGACUGCCUUGAAGCGCCUCCCUCCAGCCUGGCGGACCAGGGUCUGUCCAGCCCCAAGCUCAGCAGCAGCCCCAGUGGCAUGGGCACGCUCAAGCGGCCCACCAGCCUGAGCCGGCAUGCCAGCGCCGCCGGCUUCCCCCUGGCCUCGGCGGGCACCCGGGGCAUCGCCAAGGGCCACAAGACCCCCACCACCUACAGCCCCGUUGACAGUGCCGACGCGCCGUUCAUCGAGGUAGAGGACAUCCCGCAGCUUCUGACCUACGUGGCCCUCUUCGCCGAGGCCUUGGAGAAGCUGAGGGACGUGGUUCUCAGAGACGACCAUGUGGAGCCGCAGCGGCCCAUCGCGCACGAGUGCCUUGGGGAAGCCCUGCGCAUCCUGCGCCAGGUGAUCAACAAGUACCCGCUGCUCAACACCUUGGAGACCCUCACGGCUGCUGGGACCCUCAUCUCCAGGAUCAAAGGCUUCCACUUUGAAACCAACAACGAGACGGACAAGAGGGAGUUCGAGAAAGCCGUGGAGACCAUUGCCGUCUCCUUCAGCAGCACGGUGUCGGAGUUUCUCAUGGGGGAGGUGGACAGCAGCACCCUCCUCUCCAUACCUCCUUGGGACCAGAAUCAGUCUAUAGAGAACCUCUACGGGAUCUCUGGGCAUGGGGGAGAGGACAUGCUCCCUGGCAUCGGAAACUAUGACUCAGGCCGUCUGUCUGCGGAGGAGGUGGACGUCAUACUCCAGAGGUGCGAGGGCGGAGUUGAAGCUGCCCUCCAGUAUGCCAAAAACAUCUCCAAGUAUAUGAAGGACCUCAUGUACUACCUAGAGAAGAGGACCACGCUGGAACUGGAGUUUGCCAAAGGGCUACAGAAGAUUGUCAACAGCUGUAAGCAAACCAUCGCUCAGGAGUCGUAUAUGCCGUUCCUGUCCAUCUACUCGCUGGCUCUGGAGCAGGACAUGGAGUAUGGCAUCUCAACAGUGCAAGCUGCAGCCACCUUGCAAAACCAUACCUUCUUGCAGCCACUAACCAUGAGGCGCCUUGAACAUGAAAAACGACGGAAGGACAUUAAGGAGCAGUGGCAUCGGGCUCAGAGAAAGCUGCAAGAGGCAGAAGCCAACCUGCGCAAGGCCAAGCAGAUGUACAAUCAGCGCUGCGAGGAGCACGACAAGGCCAAGCACGUGACAGUGAAGGCUGAGGAGGAGCAGCAGAGCACCAGCAGCAGCACGGCCACCAAGACCCUGGACAAGAAGAGGCGGCUGGAGGAGGAGGCCAAGAACAAGGCCGAGGAGGCGCAGGCCACGUACCGGACCUGCAUCGCUGACGCCAACACGCAGAAGCAGGAACUGGAGGACACCAAGGUGAACGUGCUGCGGCAGAUCCACGAAGUCAUUAAGCAGAGCGACCAGGUCAUCAAAUCGGCCACCAUCUCCUUCUACCAGAUCAUGCACAUGCAGACGGCUGCCCUACCCGUCUACUUCCAGACACUGUGCGAGAGCAGCAAGCUGUAUGACCCCGGGCAGCAGUACGCCUCCCACGUCAAGCAGCUGCAGCGGGGAGACGAGCCUGAGACCCAGUAUGACUUCGAGCCCUACGUGUCACAGAUCGCCUGGUCGCCCUUUGCUCGGGCACGGAAAGGCAGCUUCAAUGCCAACGACUUUGCAAGCAGCAGCGUGGAUGGGGCUUCUCCCUCCAAAGAGACGGGCAUCCCCGAGGGAGGUGCAGCGACCAAGGAGCAGAACAGUGGGGCGGUGCACGUCGAGCGGAGAGGUGGACGGGGGCACCAGGUCCAUAAAUCUUGGCCGACGUCCAUGAUUGAAACCGAAGGCAGCCUGGAUUCAAGCUCAGGUGAAUUUAGCCGGAAGUUGCAGCGGUUGUCUUCCAACGGCACCAUGUCCUCCAGCGAAGAGCUGGAAGAGAAGGACGAGAACGCAGCCUCGUUUGAACAGAGCAUCAAUGGGAUCACCCCGGAAAUGACGGCUCCCACGGGCCCCUUCCGAAACAUGGGCUUAUCCAAGGCUGCCCAGACUCAUCGGCUGAGAAAGCUCCGCACCCCGUCCAAAUGCCGGGAAUGCAACAGCUACGUGUACUUCCAGGGGGCAGAGUGUGAGGAGUGCUAUUUGGCUUGCCACAAGAAGUGCCUGGAGACCUUGGCCAUCCAGUGUGGACACAAGAAACUCCAAGGGAAGCUGCAGCUCUUCGGCCAGGACUUCACGCAGGCUCUGCGCAGCAGCUCGGAUGGCAUCCCCUUCAUCAUCAAGAAGUGCAUCGCCGAGAUUGAGAAGCGGGCUCUGAAGACCAAGGGCAUCUACCGGGUCAAUGGCGUGAAGACACGCGUGGAGAAGCUUUGCCAGGCAUUUGAGAAUGGGAAGGAGCUGGUGGAGCUGUCCCAAGCCUCCCCGCAUGACAUCAGCAAUGUCCUGAAGCUCUACCUGCGACAGCUGCCGGAGCCCGUCAUGCCCUUCCGCCUGUACAACGCGCUCAUGGGGCUGGCCAAGGAAAGCCUGCAAGGCGGGGGCGAGGCCAAGGGCAAAAGUGGGAAGGGGGGGCCCGAGCUGGUGGACAAAGGCGCCGACACCGACAAGGUGGUCAUCACCCUGGUGCUAAAACUGAAGGAGCUGCUGAAGGAGCUUCCCCGGGAGAACAUGGCCACGCUACAGUACAUCAUGAAACACCUGUGCAGGAUUGUGGAAGUGGAGCAGGACAACAAGAUGACCUCGGGCAACCUGGGCAUUGUCUUUGGGCCCACGCUUAUGCGCCCAAGGCCCACCGAGGCCACCAUUUCCCUGUCCUCGCUGGUCGAUUACCCCCACCAAGCCCGCAUCAUCGAGGCCCUCAUCAUCUUCUACACAACCAUCUUUGAGACCACAGAUGCCAAGCUGCUGCCCGAUUCCAGCGAAAGGGCUGAGGAUGCCAAAGAGGACAGGGCCAAGGACAAUGCGGUUUCACUGGCUGCAGCUCCGCAAGGCAGCGGCCCCUACCUUGAACUGCCCUCGGAGAAGGGGGAUUCUGAUUACAACGCAGACUCGUACGGAGAAACCGCCGAUCGCUCCCUAGACUCCGACUCCGAGCUGGAAGAGGGUGGGGAAUUGCUGGCCCCGGGCGAGGACGCCCCCCGGCACCCGCUGGUGACGCAAGGCAGCGAGACGAGCGCGGACGAGGCUCACUCCUGCGACGACCUGAGCGAGGGGCAGCGGAGCAGGACCUGUAGCACGGGCCAGUGGGAUGCAGAGUGUGCCGCCUCUCGCCAGUGCGGCUCGCCGGGGGAAGAGCAGAGCGAUCCGGAAGAGGACUCCGGGCCAGAGAGGGAGGGCAGCGCGAGACCGCUCUCUGACUAUAACACAAACCAAUCCAACAACAAGCCGCCAGCCCGUUGCAGCCUGGGGCACGGGCUGCUGCCCACCAUUCGGUUACGGGACGGCAAGCUGGUUGUGAGGUCGGCCAGCGAGCGGCAGCCCAGAUUUGUCUAGGCCGCCAAGCUAAAGCCACGCGAUAGACACUGGGGGAGGGCAGAUGAGCAGGAGCUCCCCACCGGCAGCUAAGCCACAGGCAUGGCUGUGUACAGUCAGGAAAGAGAAGGGGCUACAGCGGAGCUGUGCUUCAGGCAGCUCACCAGGGUUUUGUAUGCUGGCUGCAGACCAAAUGACUGAAAUGUCCAUACAAAACCCCCGAGGAACUUGACUUUCUGCAGGACUUUGCCAGAGCUGCAGGUGGACAACUGCAUCCAAGCAGGAUAUCCUCUUGCAAGGAGCCCCGCGGAGGUUUAUAUUAUCUUGCUACACUGGACUGUAAAGAGAUCGUGACUUGGCUGUACCCAUCUGGGCUGCCAGAGGGGGUUUCCCAUCUUCCUGUUCCCCAACCCCAUGCCUUUAUUUAAACUGUUCUGCAAGGAAAGAGCUAUUUCAGUACCUGACCCACCUACAUCACUGCAGUUGCCACAGGUGGUGCUGGGAGAGACUGCCAAUAACACAGCCGACCAGACUGCAAAGGAAGAAGCUGAAGGGACAACCUGCUGGGAGAGAGCACUGCCUCCUUCCCACUUAUCAAGACAACAAGAGUUAGCAUUUUGUAUUUAUGCAGCAUCUAGGAUCCUUCAACACUCAGUACAGCAGCCCUAUGCACCAGGCAGGGUGGCAGAGGACAAACACCAGGCCACACAGCACCAUGAGGAGCAGAGACAGCUCUGGACAAACUUAUACCCCAGCUUCUUGGAGAGGACUUCCAAGCCUCCAAAGUUGGUCCACUCAAAAGCAAUCGAGGUCCCAGAAAAUAUCCAGCCUCAGGCUGGCCUGGUAGAAGUGCCACGUGCCCUCUUGCCUGGCUUUGCAGGGAGGUUUUGAGAAUUGAUGCAGUAUAUUCCUGCCAGAUCCUGACAAAAUACAUGGACUGUGGGACCAACUGGAGCAGACAUCCACAUCUCAGCUGCAAGUGAACUGCAGGAAUCUUGGCGCUUCCUUGCAACACAGGAGAUAAACACCAACGUGCCUUUUUGCUCUCCACUGAAAAGUUUGCCCAUUGCUUUUAUUUAUGGGCAUUCUCUGCCUGUCCAGAGCACAGGAGCUGUAAGCUAUUUGUAACUCAGAGCUGGGAGUUACCCGAGGGGUCACUGCCAGUCACACUGUCCACGGGGCAGUUCCUGAGAGAUCCCAGGCACUGUUUAGUCCUUUGCAUAGUUUCUUCUAAUCUCAAAUGAUCCAAAAGAGACUUGAAGUGUGGCUUCACUAUGGAAGAAAGGGUGGCUACAGCUCUGUGAAAAUCCCAGACAUGGGCACUGCCACUCCUGCAGGCCCCUGCACUGAAGUUGGGCGACUUGCUCUCUCAUCCUAAGCCUAGGGCUGCCUCGGCUGGCAGGGAGCCCUGGCACCUUCCAGCAGAGAAGACACUGGAGUGUCCAACACUGCUGCUCAUGAUGUUAAAACGGAGCCCAGCAAAGACGGUUCUGCAGGGAAGGAGCAGCAGAAACCAGAAUGGGACGAGCUCUAAACAAUGGAGCUGAAAGCAGUUUCCUUUGAGUUGCCGCACCAAUGGCUUCUGCUUUCUUCUGGCAAGCACUGGGAGUAGCACAGCACAGGCAAGGGAGCAGGGAGUCUCCUACCCAGCCUCAGAGCCCUCUCAAAGCAAAUAGGCCAGUGUACAAUGUGGGAAACCAGAGAACGGAGGUUGCCCCUGCAGCCUUUCCGUCUGCUGCAUGCUAGCUUCAAGCAGAGCCCCCUGCUGCAAUUUUGCUUCCUGUCAUUUGAAGCAGACAGGCUGACCGAGUCUCCAUCAGCUUUUCCAUCUGCCCCUGUUGAUAACAGGCCGCAGCCCCCAAGGCUAGUUAGAUGUACCGAUUCAAAGCCAUUUUGAAACUCGACCAGACACACCCCCUCAGCAGCCAACGGGGUUAGCAAAGAUAACUCCUGCCCCUUCAUGCAGAACAGGCUUUGCCAUUAGAGGUCACUACACACUGCUAAAUACAUUAGGUAGAGAGCACAGCUGGAAAGAGAAAGGAGUUUGACCCAUUUUGAAGCCAAUCAAGCUCAGCAUGUGAACUCUGUCCCUUCACUGGAAAGAAACAGCCAGUCCAAGUCAUCCUCAGGCCAGCUACGCUACAGAAGCAGCAGGCUGAAGACGUACUGAAGGAACGGCUACCUCAGGGGUUUGGGGUGGGAUAGAUACUUCUAUGUUGUGGAGGGCAGAGAAGAGAUCCAGACAAGUAGAAAGAACUCAUGGAUGUGACAUCCAGAGCUCUCUGACUUGUUUGAGCAAAGCCCAGCAGGAUAAUGCAGCUCUUUAUGAGAGGAGGUGGAGGUAAAGAGGUACACAGAAUACAACGCAUAGAAGAGAUGGAGCUGGGAAGACAAGCAAGAAUCGUUGCCGCAUACUUCAUCAACAGGAGAGCUGUGUUUAAAACAGGUUGCUUCCAUAGCAGAAGUCAGGACUACUCACCAGCUCGCUGUGCUACCAGUAACAGUGGCGGUACUGUGCACGUCUGCAAGGAUGGAUGGGUGAAUGCGAGAGGGAGUGGAUGGGCCGCGAUGCCCAAGCGUUCUGUUCUGAGGGCUCUGCUUGUGCUUGGCAUUGAAAAUCAUCACCCUUGUUUGUAUAUAGGUUUAGCCCAGCGCACAGAGCAGCAUCGUGUGGCUUGUGCUUUCUACCAAGUCACCCGCUUCAGUGAAAUAAAAUGUUUGGAUGAGUGUAUGCACCAAAA